CACACAGCGCCGCUUCUCGCGAGAACUGGGGGAUGCCGAUGCUGCUGCUUCUCCUGCCGCCGCCGCCGCCGCUCCUCUUGCCGCCGCCGCCGCCGUCUUGGAGGGGGAGACACUUCGGGGGGAGGGGAGCCAGUGACGUCGGGAGGUUUUCCUGAAAGUCAAUAACGCCGCGACUGAAGAGGUGGAAGAAGAAGAAGAGGCAAGGAAGGCUGCCCCCCCCCCCCGGGCGGCCCUUGGGUCUACGGGAGCCGGGAGCAGCCUCGCCCUGAAUUCCGCGAGCUGAAUAAUAGCGGCGGGGGGGAGAGAGACAGAGGCGGCUAUCUAUAUGUCGCCCUCUUUAUCCCCCACCUCCGACCUCGGCCGCGAACGCUGAGGUCGGGGCAGAGAAAAGAGGCCGCGAGGGACCACCUAACCCGGCAGGGGGGGGACUGAGGAAGAGGGAUUGAGGGAGGCCCCCCCCUGCCUGGAGAGACUGAGAGGACGCCGCAGCCGCCAACGGCGAAGACCAACGGUCAACUGCCAACCGCCCCCGACUGGUCUGCAGAUUGAUUUAAGAAACUGAAAAGCCAGAAGAAACGUGAAAUUCUGAAAAUAAUAAAGCAAAAGACUUGCAUUUUUUCUGAAUUAAGGGCUCAGUGUGGAGCCACCAUGAGCGAUGUAACAAUUGUGAAAGAAGGAUGGGUUCAAAAAAGGGGGGAAUACAUUAAAAAUUGGAGGCCAAGAUACUUUCUAUUGAAGACGGAUGGCUCUUUCAUAGGAUAUAAGGAGAAGCCUCAAGAUGUGGAUCUGCCAUAUCCUCUUAAUAAUUUUUCAGUGGCAAAAUGCCAGCUAAUGAAAACAGAGAGACCGAAACCAAACACAUUUAUUAUCCGAUGUCUUCAGUGGACCACUGUGAUAGAAAGGACAUUUCACGUAGAUACACCUGAAGAACGGGAGGAAUGGACAGAAGCCAUCCAAGCAGUAGCAGACAGGCUUCAGAGGCAGGAAGAGGAGAGAAUGAACUGUAGUCCAACCUCACAGAUUGAUAAUAUUGGAGAGGAGGAAAUGGAUGCUUCCACAACCCAUCAUAAAAGAAAGACAAUGAAUGAUUUUGAUUACUUGAAACUGCUUGGCAAAGGCACUUUUGGCAAAGUUAUUCUGGUUCGAGAGAAGGCAAGUGGGAAAUACUAUGCUAUGAAGAUUCUGAAAAAGGAGGUUAUUAUUGCAAAGGAUGAAGUGGCUCACACACUUACAGAAAGCAGAGUAUUGAAAAACACUAGACAUCCUUUUUUAACGUCUUUGAAGUAUUCAUUCCAGACGAAGGAUCGUUUAUGUUUUGUGAUGGAGUAUGUCAAUGGAGGAGAGCUGUUUUUCCAUUUGUCGAGAGAGCGGGUGUUCUCUGAGGAUCGCACACGCUUCUAUGGUGCAGAAAUUGUUUCUGCUUUGGACUAUCUGCAUUCUGGAAAGAUUGUGUACCGCGAUCUCAAGUUAGAGAAUCUAAUGUUGGAUAAAGAUGGACACAUAAAAAUUACAGAUUUUGGACUUUGCAAAGAAGGAAUCACAGAUGCAGCUACUAUGAAAACAUUCUGUGGCACACCAGAGUAUUUGGCUCCUGAGGUUUUAGAAGACAAUGACUAUGGUCGUGCAGUGGAUUGGUGGGGACUUGGAGUUGUUAUGUAUGAAAUGAUGUGUGGCAGAUUGCCGUUCUACAACCAGGAUCAUGAAAAACUUUUUGAACUAAUAUUAAUGGAGGAUAUAAAAUUUCCUCGAACACUCUCAUCUGAUGCAAAAUCAUUGCUUUCAGGUCUGCUGAUAAAAGAUCCAAAUAAACGUCUUGGUGGAGGACCAGACGAUGCUAAAGAAAUUAUGCGACACAGUUUCUUUGCUGGAGUAAAUUGGCAAGAUGUAUAUGAUAAAAAGCUUGUUCCUCCUUUUAAACCUCAAGUGACAUCUGAGACAGACACAAGAUAUUUUGAUGAAGAGUUUACAGCUCAAACUAUUACAAUAACACCACCUGAAAAAUAUGAUGAAGAUGGCAUGGACUGCAUGGACAAUGAAAGACGACCACAUUUCCCUCAGUUUUCCUAUUCUGCAAGUGGACGGGAAUAGCUCAUUGUUUUGUUCUGUUACUUCACGGUCGUAUUAGAUUUAUCACUAAAAAUGAUUCCUGAACAUCAUCACCAGUACUUGCUAUUGUUUAGAAUAGCAGAGCACUUUCAGAGAUCAUUCCAAAUUGAACCAGUUUAUUUCCUGACCAAUCAGCCUUUUUGAUUUAUCUGCAUGACUUUUUAUAUUGGUCUAAGGUCCUCUGCUGUUACUGCUGCCCAGUGUCUCAGCAUGAAAGUAACAGUAAGAAGCAAUCCAAAAAUAUUGUGAUGUUAGAUGACAAAUUUCCAAUGGUGCAUUAUGUGCACAGCUGGCUAUCAUUCUCUUGUCUUCUCAGAGCUGAAGCUAAUGGACAUGUUGGACUGAGUUGUAUUCAUCACUUCUUUCAGAAGACAAAUCAAAAAUCUAGUUUUUAAAAAAAAUGGCCAUUUAUGAUGUUUUCUCACAUCAGUUUGGGCUGAACAGAACCUGGAAACGAGAAGGUGGUGGUGUACAUAUGCAAAGCUUUUGGUAGGCAUAUCAUCACUUGAAUCAGACUUGUCAUUAACAUCUGGAUGAAAAAAUCAGAAGGACUAAUAAUUGUUAAUAUAUAUAUAAAUAUAUAUAUAUAUAUAUAUAAAUAUAUAUAUAUAUAAUUUUUUAAUUACUGUUGGAUACUACACAAGACACAAAAAGGUUGGGAUCACCUAGCCUUCCACCUAGACUUCCAGAUACAUGUGCAAUUAUGGAGAAUGGGACCUUUUAAAUGCAAGAAAUUAAGGCAUAAAAGCAGCAAUUGAAGUUGUUUAAAGGUUUUAUGAUUUGCAUCUUGCUCAUGCUUUUCUUUUUCUUUGUUGAUAUCCAUCACCUCUGGAGGAUGAAGAAUGUAGUCAGGCAUAUAACAAAAUUGCUUUUCACCAAAAUUUGUACACUAAGGUAAACAGGAGUUUGCCUUACAUGUUUAUAUUUUCAGUUUGUGAAUUAGCUUUUUUUUUUUCUUCAGGUGUUUUAACUGAAUAUUUUUGUUACAGUUUAGUAGUAUUUAUUUUUUAGUGACAACGAUUGUAUGUGUCAUGUUUGCAAAUGCUGCUACAUCCUAGAAGAGGCUUAUCAUUUAUUUUAUGGAAGGACUGUACAAGCUGAACAAAAUAAUGCACUUUUUCUCCCAUGUGAAAAUGUUAACAAGACUGAAAAUGUACCAUGCGCUUUGUGUUAGGCAUUGGCAGGCAAAACAUUUCCUUAUGGUCCAGAGAAAAUCCCAAAGCCAUAUAUAUCCAGAGGAUUUGUGCACUUUCAUCAAGGUUAACGUAGGAAAAUAUCACUGAAAAGUCCUAAGUUCACAGUAUUGACAGGAAGAACACUUUACUACAGUUUUUCAAACAUUAGAAUAGUUUGAUGGGAAUAGUCAUUUCCAAGUGAUGUUUGAGCCCUGGCCACAACUGACAUGUUAUUGUUAGUGAACAGAAUUAUCUUUCUCAGAAUAUUUAUUGACCAGGGUUUCACUGAGUCCUAUUUUCUGAUUUUUUU